UGCGACAAUUUCAAGGUCAGUCGACCAAACAAAAGCUUGAUUUGAGAGCGGCAGUGGGCACCAUCAUUGCAAAUGGCUGACGAUGAGGAGAAUGCUAAGGGCCCUUUCUGGACUUUUUUCAAGGAGAACAGCCCCCUUUUCCGGGAGUUGUGCGAGGCCAAGGAGAUGGUGGCGAAUGACAAGAACAAUGACAAGGAUUUUUCCAACAAUCGGCCCGUAAACUCAGAUUGCUCGUCAGAGAACAUGAAUCGGCACGCACAACAGUUCAGAGACGUGCUUGCAGAGAUUGACAACAUCUGUGGUGGUUUCAUCCGGAACAAUGAUGGCACCAUUGCAACGUUUUUUGACAUCUGCUGCGCGCCCGGCGGUUUCACCAAGUAUGUUCUGGAGACUCUGCCGCUUGCUUGUGGCAUGGGCGUCACGCUGCCUGUGGAGCAGGGCGGACACCCCAUGAUUGAAGAACUCCUGUCGCCCCAUUAUACAAAAAGGUUUCAUUGCAUGUACCAGGACAUCAUUGACUCCCCCCUAGACAUCAAGUUCUCCCCCCCCAAGGCGUUCCGGAAGGACAGCGAGCUGCUGGCGAAGAACGGGGCCGACUUUGUAAUCAUGGGGGGCAUGUACCAGGGCAACAAACCCUGGCUGGCAUCGCAGGGUCUUGAGGCUGCCCGGCAGUUGGCUCGGGCUGAGGGUCGGGAACUGCCUGUGGAGCAGCCCCCCAAGUUCACCGAUCAUAGCAUCGGGUUCGACGCCCUCUUGGUGGCACAGAUGAUCAUCGCCCUGAACAACCUGGCCCCGGGCGGCACGCUGAUGCUGACGGUCAACUGCAACGGCAACGUCAUCAACUGCAGCACCAUCUGCCUGCUGCGCUGCCUCUUCCAGCGCGCGCACAGCGCCAAGGUGCGCGUCAUGCACGCGCACCGUGGCACAUUCCGCAUGGUCUUCCAGGGCUACGACCCCGCACUGGAGCGGCAGCACGGCGUGCUCGACCAGCUGUGCGCGGUGCUCGAUACGCUCAAAGCGCAGACGCGCGUGGACUGCCUGGACGUGCCCGGAACUGCCAGCAUAGCGGAGAUGGUAGACCGCUUUGGCACCAACGUGCAGCGCUUGUACGAGCCGGUGUGGGCGGUCCAGCUGGAGGCCCUCAAGCGGCGCUUUCCGGGCACCUUCGGGCUCAGUUCCGCACGGCAGCACGGGCGGGGCUUCCGGGAGCAAUCGGGGAGGGGCCCGUCCAGCUCGCGGUACCAGAACGGUGGCGGUGCAACGGGGGGUGGUGGAGAGCGGAGGGGGUACGAGAAUGGGCACCGAGACAGUGCGUCGACCGACAGAUGGAAUAGGCAGGAAGCAGGGCCGAGUAGACCUCCAGCAGGGGAGCGCGGGCAGAAUGAUAGGGGGCCUGGAGAGCCGUCGAUAAAAGAAGGGGCAACCGGGCCUAGAAGGGGAACAUACGUCCCUCCUCAUGCUAGAAAUGAUGGGAGCAGGGGUGAAAACUUUGGCGCGAAGCAGAACAGGACAAGUGACAGCCGAUGGUGAUUUAUAUCUUCGACGCUUCAUGUGAUUCCUCUCGUGUUUGACAAGGAUGUUCCCUUUUGUACCAUUCCCGGAUUCCCAAAAAGUCACCAGCUGUAGCUACUUCUGCCUCGAGUUGCAACGUCAACUUCAAC